AUGGGAAAUGAUAAGGCUGCCAUAGAAAGAUUCAAGGAAUACUUGCAUGCUACCUUUCAUAUUAAGGACUUAGGAGCACCUAAAUAUUUCCUUGGAAUCGAAAUUGCUCGAUCUGAUUUAGGAAUCUCUCUCAGUCAACGAAAGUUCAUAUUGGAGAUUAUAUCAGAAGCAGGGCUAUCGGGAUGUAAACCAGCAGCAAUUCCCAUCGAGCAGAACACUAAAUUGACCUCUGUAGCUUAUGAUGAAGGUAUAUCCAAAGAUGACGACCCCAUACUCAAAGAUCCAUCUAGAUAUCAAAGGCUUGUUGGGAAACUUAUAUAUCUGACAAUGACAAGGCCGGACAUCUCUUAUGCAGUACAAACAUUGAGCCAGUUCAUGCAUAGCCCAAAACAGUCCUAUUUCGAUGCAGCUUUAAAGAUUGUGAAAUAUUUAAAGAAAUGUCCAGGACUUGGGAUACUUCUGUCAAAGAAAUGUGACAUGAAGAUGACGGCAUACUGUGAUGCAGAUUAUGCAACAUGUCCUAUAAGUCGAAGAUCAGUCACAGGAUAUUGCAUUGAAUUUGGGGAAUCACUUCUUUCAUGGAAGACCAAGAAGCAACCCACUGUGUCUUUAUCUUCAGCUGAGGCAGAGUAUCGAGCUAUGACUAAGAUCACAUGUCAAAUAGUGUGGAUGCGAGGUUUACUUAAGGAUCUUGGGAUAGAAGUGCAAGGACCAACCAGGCUUUAUUGUGAUAACGAUGCAGCUCUAAAACUUGCAGCGAAUCCUAUAGUACAUGAGAGAACCAAGCACAUUGAAGUCGAUUGUCAUUUCACUCGAGAAAAGAUACAAGAGGGCGUGAUUGAGACAAGAGGAAUUGGGACAAUGGAGCAGCCAGCAGAUAUCUUUACCAAGCCUCUAUGUCAAAGACAACACGCAUAUCUGUUGAGCAAGCUAGGUGUCUUAGACAUAUACAGACUACCAGCUUGA